AUGAAUGGUAAUUAUUAUAUUCGUUAAGUUUUAAUGGUAAAUUAAGAUGAUUUAUAAUUAGAAUCAUAAGAAAACUUUAAUAGCAAUUAGUAAAUUACUUUAUAUAAAGCAUAUCUAAUUGAUUAUUUUUUAUAUUUUUACAAUUUUCAUUAAUUUUAUCAAAUAAGUAACCAUUCAAAAGUAUUUAUGAAUAAAGGAUUAGUCUCAUAGUUAGAUGAAAAAGUCUUUAUCAAAACUGCAUCCAAUAAUUUUGCAAAUAAAAGUAUGAAAAAGUUCAAUUUAUAUGCAAAGCCUGUAAAAAAUAACAAAUCAUCAUUUCAUAUUGAUCUUAGUUCUGAUAACUAAAAAUCUAAAUUGAAUAGCUCAUAUGACAAUUAGAGAAAUAAUGAAAGCCUAAAAAGAAAUACUCGAUAUAGUUCAAUAGAUAGACAUACUCCAUAAAAUUAAAAAGAGGAGCAAAAUGUAAAUAAAGAAAACCUUUUGUCAUAACUUUCAAAGAGAAAGCCCAGACCAAUUAGUAUUUUAGAUCAAUUAUAAAAUUUACCAGUAAGCGGUGGUUCAACAAGAAGCUACUAAGCAAAUGAUUAGUUGAAAUAAACUCCAAGAACUUAAAUGAUUGUUUGCAACUAAUGCAAAGAAACAAUGCCUAGAGAAUUAUUCUUUAAACACUAUGAUAAGGACUGCAAAGGUUUUAGAGGGUACUCCAAUUACACCCCAUAAAAUGUCAGGGAAAGCCUUAAAGAUAUCUUUUAGAAUAAUUCCUUUAAUAAAUUAGAAAAACCUUUGGAUCUUCUUGAGCUCAAAAAAUAAAAAUUGAUUUAAAGUAUAGAUAAAAGGCGGAGUAGUGCAAGCUAUCAUUAAGAAAAUUAGGUAGAUUUAUAAGAGGGGAAAAUAGUGUACAAGGCAAACACGGAUAAGAAGUGCUGUCCUUUUUGUGAAAUUUUUAUAAAAGUAGAAAAAUUUGAGGAACAUAUUAAUGAAUGUAGACUUUUUAGUAUUGUAGAUAAUUUAAAAUAAGGUUAUUUAGAUAAAAGUGAAAGCAAUACAAGCGUUUAAAUUGGAUCAAGACCUCCAACUUAAUCAAAAGAAAAUAGAAGAAAUUAUUCUAAGCCUUAGUCAUCACUUUCAGGAGGUGAAAGUGAUUAUUUGGAGGCCACAAACCAAUUUAAGUAGAUAAGGUAAGCAAAAAGUUUAGUAAAGAACAGAGUGAAAAAAAAUAGUAAGAUAGAAUAAUAAAAAUAAUUUAAUAAAGUUUAUGAUAAUUAUUAAGAUAUCAUAUAGAAAAGGAUAUCGGAUAUAAGCUAGCUAAAGAGAGAAAGAGAUGAAUUAAGAGAAAACAACCUUAAAGCAAUAAAAAGCAAUUUAGAUAUUUUAAGAAUAGAAAUACAAGAUCUCAAAGACUAAGCUGCUUACGAAGCAUUUUAGCAUGGUCAUUCUCAUGAGUAUUUGCAAUGUGGUGAAUGUGAAGCAAUUCUUUUGAAAUACAAUUCAUUGAUAAAGUAGAAAAACUAACAAAUGCAAGAGUUAAAAUAAUAGCAGAAGGAUCUUAUUGAAUAAGCUAAGCAAUAAGAAAUAGAAGAUUAUAUGUAAAAAACAUAAUUAAAAGGUAAUAGUGUAGGAGAUUCUUCAAGGUCUCCCUCUUAAAAAAAAUAAGAAUCUUUUAAAUGA